AUGGGAUCCGACGACGCCGAAGUGGUGGUGCAGUCCAUCCAGAAGGUCGCGACAGCGCAGGCAUGGGCCGCAAACGCCGUUCGCAACAUCGGCAACAACCAACGGUCGGACCUCCUGACAAAGUGGUUUGGCAGUAAAAGCAGUCGUGUACGGCAGAUCGCCAAACAGACCGCCAACUCCGUCAUCGAAGUACUCGAGAGUUGCGAGAUCCGGACGGAUGAGCAAGAGUGCAACAAGAUGCCCGGGGUUUUAGCCUACGUGUAUCCGGGAAUGAAGAAUUCCCAGGGGCAGUACGUCAUGUUCAUGUGUGACGCUUCCUUGAACUAUAAUCCUCUCACCGGGGUACUCUACCACGAGGCCGCGCAUCACCCCUAUUCCAACCGGGACGACGUGAUCUACGGACGUGGCGACUGCCAGGAGUUGGCACAGUCUAAUCCGAACGGGGCACUCAAUAAUGCUGACAGCCACGAGUACUACGUCACAGACCUGAACACGCGCUAG